CCUGUUAUUUCCAUCUCUCUGAGCUCUAUUAAAGCAGCUUCCUGGGAAGUGAUGAGACUGGAUCCCCUGCUCCUGUUCCCUCUCCCCCAUUCUCUUGGAGAUCUCUCCGAGACAUCCCUCAAGGCAGACGAAUCAUGGUCCCUGCCCUGCUGCUGUGCUUGAGCUUUGGUUACGUGGCAGCCCUCAAACCCGUGUGCCUAUCAGCUCAGUUCAGCAGGCCUGGGGAUUAUAUCAUAGGAGGCUUGUUCCCUUUUGGAAUGGACACCACAAACCUGACAGCACGAUCAGAGCCCACGACGGUGGUGUGUGAAAGGUUAUUUGUAGAUGGGUUAGUAUGGGCUCUCGGGAUGAAGUUCGCUAUCGAUCAGAUCAACAAUUCCACCUCGCUGCUCCCAGGGGUGCAGCUGGGCUACGACAUGCACGACACCUGCCUGGAGCCCCUGGCAGCCUUACAGCCCAGCUUGCUGUUUCUGACCCAAAAUGGCACAACAGGCAUUGGAGUCUUGUCCAACUACACCGACUACCAGCCCCGUGUGACUGCUGUGAUCGGGCCACACAACUCAGAUCUCUGCCUGGUAACAGCCAAACUAUUCAGCUUCCUCUUGAUCCCACAGGUCAGCUACGGAGCCAGCAGUGAGACGUUCAGCGACACGGAGUUGUACCCAUCCUUCUAUCGGACUGUGGCCAGUGAUAAGACCUUGGUGCAUGCUGUGGUCCUGCUGCUGGACGAGUUUAAGUGGAACUGGAUUGCCACCGUUGGCAGUGACGACAAAUAUGGCCGAGAGGCUCAGGAGCUCUUCUCAAGUGCAGCUAUGAACCACAGCCUCUGCAUUGCAUUUGAGGGGCUGAUUCCUACAGACCUGCAAGAGCCCGAAGCCAAAAACCAAAUGGAAGAUACCAUUAAGUUAAUUAACAAUACCCAAGUCAAUGUCAUUGUCAUUUUUGCCUCUAUUAAGUCAGCCCAGGCCCUCCUUGAACACAGCAUCAGAAUGGGACUGAGCAAUAAAGUCUGGAUUGGCACUGGAGCCUGGGUGUUGUCUGACAUGACUGCCUCCAUCCCCAACAUUCAAAGCAUUGGGACAGUCUUAGGCUUUAGACCAGAAGUAAACACAGAAGUGCCUGGCUUCAGGAGAUACGUUGCCAAUCUCUUUGCUUCUGUUCAGCAGGACAAAUUUUGCCAGGAGUCUGAAGAAUUCUACCAGCUGAUGGGCUCUGAUGUACUGGACACACGUUGCAAACACUGUGACAACAUCUCUCUGGGCAACAUCUCCCACCUGCUGAGGCGCUCACACGUAAAGCCAGUGUACAUCGCAGUCUACAGCGUGGCUCAGGCCCUGCACAGAGCCCUGGGCUGCACACACCAAGCCUGUCCCAAGGCACCCAUCAGAUCUUGGCAGCUGCUGCACUUCAUGAAUACUCUCCCAUUCGAGGUGAAUGGCCAAAGGUUCAAGUUUGAUCAAUCCCACAGCAUAGACACUGACUACAAGCUUAUACUCUGGUCCUGGAGAAACGGCACCCUUACCUAUCUGCCUGUAGGCACAUAUGAAGGCUCCUUGUCCAUCAACAAGUCCCUGAUUCAUUUUCACACUGCAGAUCAAAAGGAGCCCUUAGAGUGCUUCAGAAACUGUACACCAGGACAAUUGAAAAUUAGCAAAGGAUUCCACCUCUGCUGCUAUGACUGUACAGAUUGCCCAGAAAACACCUACUGGAACAGUAGAGCCAUCCCCACCUGCACCCCCUGCCUGCAGCACCAGUGGUCCCCGGGGCGCAGCACGCGCUGCUUCAAGCGCAGGGAGAUGUUUCUCUUCUGGAGCCAGCCACUGGCCAUGGUCCUGCUCACACUCAUGGCCAUCACCAUCUCCCUCACCUGCCUCAUUGCACUGCUCUUCCUGAAGAACCUGGACACUCCCCUCGUGCAGGCUGCUGGGGGCACGCUGAACCUCUUUGCCUUGUUCACACUGGCGCUGCUGUCUCUCAGCUGCUGCCUCUACAUCGGGAGGCCCAGCAGCAACCUCUGUAUGACCCAGCAGAUGGCCUAUGCCCUGUGCCUCAGUGGUUGUUUCUCUACUUUCUUCAUCAAGUCCCUCGAGAUCGUCCUGGUGACAGAGUUCCCUCGCUGUGCCCCCACCUUCUUGGGCUGGGUGACCCAGGGGAGGGCCUGGCUGCUCGUUGCCUUGUGCAUCUUCACCCAGUGCUUGUUCUGCUUGUGCUAUUUUCACUUGGGCCCUGACUAUCUGGUAUCUGAUUACAAGUCGCUGCCCACUGAAGUUCUGCUUUUGUGUAACACAGGGUCCUGGUUUGCCUUUGCCCUGCUGCAUGGCUACAAUGGCUGCUUAGCCUUUGUCUGCUUCCUGUGCACGUUCAUGGUACAAACUUCUGCUAAGAGGUACAACAUUGCCAGGGGGAUCACGUUUGCCAUCCUCAUCUAUUUCAUCACCUGGAUCUUCUUCAUUGCUUUUUUUUCCACACUGAAGACAGUCCUCAGGUCUGUUGCUCAGAUUGGUGCCACUUUGAUAACCAGCCUGGGUAUCCUGGGGUCUUACUAUAUCCCUAAAUGCUACAUCAUCCUGCUUAAGCCUGACCUGAACACAGCAGAGUAUUUCCACAAUUCCAUCACUGAGGAGCCAGAGGAGGAUUCUCAAUAAACAGACCCAUUGUCACCUGCUCCUCAAGAUGAGCUGCCUGCAUUUUAAGGAGAUAAUUCUGUUUGUGAUGAGUGUAUGAGCUCUAGCCCCAGCCACAAUCACCACACAAAUA